AUGUUCAAUGUUAAAACAAUAUCCCAACUUAUUCUCAUGUCCACCAUAUUCUCUUUAGUUCUUCUGAUCAGCUUCAAAUUUUUAGAAAUCCAAACCCAAUAUCCACGGUCGAACUUCUGCCUGACAUGCUACAGUUUUGAGGAAGGAUUCGUGAGAGUUCUAGAAGUCCAAUUGAACUUCAAUCUCUUCCUUUUGGCAGACUUCUUGGUUAUGCUCAUGGUCGUUUUACUCUUCGGAUUGGAAAGAUACUAUGAACACGUGAACUUUUUGAUUAUUUGUCAUAUGAUACGAUUCAUGUUGAACGGUGCCAACCUAGCUGUUUCGGACACUUUCGACCGGCUGCUUAAACCAAUGAUGAAAGAGCUAUGCGGAUUUGGCGGGAAAUGCUCCGAUGAGAAAAUUCUACCACACACCACAGUUGGAUUGUUAUAUCUAAUAUACUUUGCUAUUAUGGUUACCAACUUUUCUGUUUGUGUUCUAUUGACCUAUUUUUUCGUUCCUUAUACCCAGUAUCAACCAGCUCCUAUCAUUGUCCACAUGAGCAGCCAUUUCCGGAGGAGUCGCCCAAUUAGAAAGUUCAGUUUCACCAAUUCAUUCCAAACUCCGCCACACUCCUCCAGCAAACGGUCCCCAUCUCCACCAAAAUUGGUAAACAUUGUCUAUCCUCCAGAAAAGCCAUUAAAAUAUCAUCGGCUUGAGUCUAAUGACAAAUUUAUGUUCAGACAUUCGAAGAACAAGGUGAUGCCUCUUACCCUUCCCCAACCCCAACCAAUGAUUAUGGCUUGA